AUGACAACUACGAGUUCCAAUUUAGACCAUGCCUGUUCUCUCGUUUCAACAGGCCAGACACCGGUGCUUGCUUGUCUACGGCAGAUGCCAGGCGGGCCCGAGCCUCUGUACCGGAAGACCAUGUCGCCUCAGGAAGUGACUGUAGCCCCAGCCUCCAAAGUAGUGCCUGCCAGUGCUCCCAGUGCUUUCGCAGCCUCUCCGGGUGGCCUUCGAGAGGCGAAGCCGCGUGGAAUCCGCGGCUUCGGUGCUGGCAACUUCCUUGUCAAGGAGACCCACAUAACGCUGACAUGGCCGCCUGGCAACACACCGGGCACCGGGACCCCGGUGAGCUGGGGCUCCGGCAGCGCUAGCCGGUCUGUGGCCAGUAGCUCAGCCGGCGUCUCUGGGCCCGCAAGUUUCCGCUCCUCGUCGUCUUCUUCGUCGGCCUCCUCAGUAGCCACGACCGCCUCUUUCGCUGAGUACCGUGCCUCACUAGUCAAAGUUCGCCAGUAUCUGCUCUAUCAAAUCAACCGAGCCGUUUCAGACAAAGUGCUCAGCUUCCUAGACGUGUUACAACAGUCCUGCAUCGGUACUCUAGAGCGUACUGUGGAGGCACUGGAUCGUCUUCAGGCAAACGAGUCAAAUUUUUUUACCUUCCACAACUCACACUCCAGCCUAGAACAGACUUUCGAUGACUGCGAGGAGCAGGCCGGUCUGGAGUUGGGCCAACCUGCAUCCUCGCAGCUGGUCUCUAGGGCGUUAACUCUUCACGUCUGCCCGACCGAGUUCUGCGGGUCGCCGGGCAGUUCAGUCCAUCCGGCUUCAACAGGUGGUCAUUUAGACUCGAGACUUUCCGAAUGUACAAACGAUGGUCCACUUGGUGCGGCCAGAGGGCAUCAACUCGUCUGUCACCGCUCAACGUCGCCAAGCCUUAAAACACAUGUCAACCACAGCUUUUUGACCCUACCGCCGCCGGUUUCGCUUGUCGACUCGUCACUUCCGACACGCGACCCCGUCAACCCGGCAACAUCUACUCCAUUUAGACGGAACCAACAGCCCAUCUCCAGCACUCUUCUUUCCACCCUGAAUGCCAAGCAACAAGCACUCCUCUUGUCUCCGGACCCCUUGCCCCGAGUAGACUGCCCCAUGCUACCGUCGCCUUUGCCAGUACAGACUUCGUCUCCAGCCCAAGUACCAUCACCUCCGGUAUAUGACCUCGCUCCUCGAACCACACAUCCAAUGGUGGUCCACGAGACCUCCUGCUCCUCAAACCCCGCCGAAAACCAGGGCUCAGGCACAAUACGAUUAGAGGGACUGCCUGCCUCACACCCAAUCACCACUCCUCUACCUCUUCACACCAGCUCUGCCAACGUAGUUUCUUUCGUCUCGCCUCAUUUUCCUGAACCUUUGACAUUACCAACCAUCGUUGAAAAUCAGGUGCCUGGAUCUAUUUCGCCUUUGGUGCAGGUGCUUGACACUCCGGCUGCUGCUGACAUCGACUCAACAAAUGAAACAACUUCUGGCUUAGUCUUACAGCCGCCGCCCACCCAGACAUCGGCCAGUUCAGGGCUGACAACUUCGGCCGAGCGAUUUCACAGCCUACUCCAGCAGACAACUCAACCGAUGUCCAGUAGGGUCGCCAUCAUGACCAGAGAUGCUUUGGCGAAUGGACAACUCGAAGAUCAGCUCGAGAAAACUAUGAAGCUUCAGGCUCCAGUUGAAGAGAAACCGGUUCGACAAGACCAACUAGCUCCUCCAGUACAAAACGGUGAGCUGACACAAUUCUUUAAUCGAGAAGGUUUACCACUAAUUUAUAAGGUGUAUUCACCCUAUUUUGUUUGA